GGCAACCAGGCACACCACACGCCAGCCUCGCGACCUCCUUCGUUCGGAAGCAAAGCCGAGGAGGACCCCCGUGCGACGACGACUUCCCCACGGCAGAGUUUUCCCCUUUCCCCCAUCCCACCCUCCCUCGCCAAAAUCCUCGAUCCAAAUCCUGACCCCGGCGACGCGGCGGCGGCCAUGCGCAGCUGCUGACGGGCGACGACGCCAGCGACCACGCGCGAGCGGCCAUGGACGAGGGCUACGCCAACCUCCCCACCAGCCACCUCCUCGGCUCCGUCCCCGCUGUGGCUGUGACCCCCGAGGAGAGGAAGGCCGGCGUCCCCGCCGAAGUUGGAAAUGCAACUGCCACCUCGCGCUUGCAGCAGUUUCCGCCUGCUCCUCCUGCUGCCAGUGGAGGAGGGUACCAGCCUCCGGGGAGUCCUCUAGAUGGAGAUGUAGAAACACAGACAAACUGGAAAGGAUACUUCAAUGUUGCCUCUUAUGCUCCAUAUUUCAAUGUUGACACUGAUGUCGUGGUCGACAGGCUCAUCAGUUCAGUUUAUCCAAUGGAUGGAUUUUUCAGGAAGAUAGAUGCUAAUCCUGACAUGUAUGGACCCUUGUGGAUCACCACUACACUGAUAUUCAUGCUGGCUGCGUUCGGAAACUUUGCCACUUAUCUGAUGCAAAGGAAAAGUGAUCUGAAUAUAUGGAACUUUGAUGUUAGCUAUUUCAGUUUGGCAGCAUCAGUCAUGUAUGGUUAUGCUAUCGUGGUACCUGCUGCAUUCUUUUUCCUGUUUCAGUACUUUGGAUCACGCCCAAGCCUUAUCCGAUUUUGGUGUAUGUGGGGCUAUUCUCUGUUUAUCUUCGUACCAGCAUCUAUAUUGCUACUUAUUCCUGUGGAAUUCCUUCGCUGGGUCAUCAUAGCUGGUGCUGGUGGUGCAUCAUCUUGGUUCAUCGCUUUAAACUUGAAGGAAUGCACUGAAGGAGCUGAUAUGAUGGCUUUGAUCGCAAGUGCAUCAGUGCUGCAGUUUGCUCUGGCACUGUUCAUCAAAGUUUUCUUUUUUGCUUGAGAUCUAUUUGGUGUUGCUCAGGUGAGCUGGAUGUUUUCUUUGUCCCCGUCGUUCUGUUCUGCCAUUCAUCUUUCCGAGGACCAGGCAGCGGACUAGUUUUACUCUACAUACAUAUUGACCCUAGAUUGGUAGACCUUGGGAGUGUCUCUUUCUUUUAUGAUUUUUGACUCAUGUAGCUAAGGAAAAUUUACCGUGUGCGUUCCAGUGCGAAGUUACUAAGUUUGCAAUCUAAACUUUGCAAUUGGUGAACUUUCUACCACCGAGCUGUACAAGAACGGUGGUUAGUAAGAAUGGGAAGCUCUUUUUUGGUUUGAACAAUCCAUUGCUGCGAAUGCAUGGCUUUCUCAUGUUUCUAUCCAGCAUAGCUAAUUGAUUCGAAGUA